CCAAAGGAGUUGGCAAAGUUACGUCACAUUUAAAGCUAGAGAUCCGUUAUUUAGUUGCAGUGUGGGAUGUAACGUUUGCUACUAGCGUAACAAGGACAAAUACACCCAAACGUGUAAAUAUUGCCUCUAUCAGUAAAUUAAUCUGUUUGAUUAGUUGAUAUAACUAUUUGGUUAAUCGGUUGGAUUGUUACAUCUCCCUGGAAGAAGAGAACAGGAUGACAUCUCACUGUGCAGGGUUUGAGCUUUAGUUGAAUGUAAGUGCGCUAUGAUGUGCUGUCCUCUCUCCUCUGCUCUCUGCUGGGACUGAGAAGUUGCCUUCACUGACAGCAGUCAAUGCAGUCUGCUACUGCGAGGCCAGUGGCUGAGUACCCAGCAUGUCUCGCGUGUCCUCUACGGCUAAGCGCUAUGCUGAUACCUACACCAGCCAAUAUAGCACAUAUGGCUCCACCCUGAUGCCUAGCUUGAGCUCGUACAGCGAGCGGGACAAGCUGCCCUACAAGAGCUCCUCGUCCGGCUACAGCUCGUCCAGCUUCUUGAGGUCGAGCGCCAGCCGCACGCGCAACUACAGCACGUCAUCCGAGCCUGACCGGGGCCGGGCGAUCCCGCGCACCGACCUGUUGGGGAGCCGUCGCAGCGAGAGCCUCAGCCGCACACCCGUCAAGACCUAUGGCAGCUCGGGCCUGAGUGGCGGCGCCGGCUACCCCAGCUACAGCUACUCGCCCUCAAUACAGGCCAGCUACCUCUCCACCUCGCCGCCUGUCACCAGCGCCUCCUCCUCGGGCAUCUCGCUCAGCCGCCGCAAGUCUGUUAGCCAGAGCGACCUGUCGCGCGACCUCUCCUUGCUCGGUCUGAGCGAGUCCUCAUCAAGCAGCAGCAGCAGCAGCCUGAGGCAGACCUACCGCAGCCGGGGCAUCGAUGCGGCCGACGCCUACGGUACCAGCAGUGGCAGCGCCCGCUCCAGCUACGGGCUGCCACGCAGCUCCACGCAGGAGGCCAUCAGUAGCAGCAGUAGCAGCCUGAAGGGCAGCAGCAGCGGCCGCUUCACCGCCUCCUGGGAGAGGAGCAGCAGUGGCCGCUCCAGCUCUCCAUCCCGUGACUCCACGAACUCCAAGAGUGCCCAGGGCCUGGUAGGGCUCCGCAAUCUGGGGAAUACAUGCUUUAUGAACUCCAUCCUUCAGUGUCUUAGCAACACUCAGAACCUGCGCGACUACUGUCUGCAAAACUCCUACCGCAGAGACCUCAACAAUAACAACCGCACAAACACUGCUCUCAUGGAGGAAUUUGCCAAGCUCAUCCAGACUCUGUGGACGUCCUCAGGUAGCGAGGCGGUCAGCCCCUCUGAGUUCAAAACUCAGAUUCAGAGAUACGCGCCCCGAUUUGUGGGCUACAAUCAGCAGGACGCUCAGGAGUUUCUGCGCUUCUUGCUGGACGGGCUGCACAACGAGGUGAACAGGGUGACCGUGCGACCGCGGGGCAGCACAGAGGACUUUGACCAUUUGCGUGAUGAAGAGAAAGGGAAGAAGAUGUGGAGUAAGUACCUUGACAGAGAGGACAGCAAAAUCGUAGAUGUGUUUGUGGGCCAGCUGAAGAGCUCAUUGACAUGCACUGAUUGUGGCUACUGUUCCACGGUGUUCGACCCUUUCUGGGACCUCUCCUUACCCAUCUCCAAGAAGGGCUAUGGAGAGGUGAGUCUGAUGGACUGCAUGAGGCUCUUCACGAAAGAAGACGUGUUGGACGGGGAUGAGAAGCCUACCUGCUACAGGUGUAAGGCAAGGCGAAGAUGCACAAAGAAGUUCACUGUACAGAAGUUUCCAAAAAUCUUAGUGUUACAUCUGAAGCGUUUUUCUGAAGCCAGGGUCAGAACCAGCAAACUAUCCACUUUUGUAAACUUCCCACUCAAGGACCUGGACCUUAGAGAGUUUGCCUCUGGAAGCAGUGUUGAUGCAGUUUACAACCUGUAUGCAGUGUCGAAUCAUUCAGGCACCACCAUGGGAGGCCACUACACAGCCUACUGUCGGAACCCCUCGUCAGGAGAGUGGUACACGUUCAAUGACUCCAGAGUAACGCCAAUGUCCUCCAGCCAAGUACGCAGCAGUGAUGGCUACGUGCUGUUCUACGAGCUGGCCUCGUCCUCUCGCAACUAAAGGGGCUCACAGGAGGGGCUGAGACAACAGCAGCAGUGGGAGCACAGGACCCUGGCCCCUUGGGGCACAUCACAUCACACACACACACACACACACACACACACACACACACACACACACACAUUCACGCA